AAGGAUUUACGGCAAAACAGAGGCAAACUCGUUACGAAUUGAAAAUGGCGGCUUUGGUCCAGACCGUCCAUGGUGGGUGUGGUUGUUACCAGAACGUUGUCUCUUGCUUAUCCUGCUACCUUUGUGUCCAGACAUAUACCUCAGAACCAGAUGAUAAGCAGCCAUAACAGACAGUUCCUUUUUGCUUUGCCUCAAAGGCUAAGCCAAGGUGUCUGUCAAGACCUUAGCAAUGUGUCAUGGACCUACAGAACGAAAAGGGAGGUUCUGUGCAAGGCCGGAGCAGUUCCUCUGAUGAAACAAGGCCACCAGUUUCUCUCCUCCCUGUCGUCACCAGCCUUAGCUGGAGAUCCGCCAGCGACAAACCGACUCAUUAAGAAGUUUGUGGCUGCUUCUCCCAAAUCAGUGGCUCUCAAUGUCCUCUCUCAUCUCCUCUCGGAUAACACUUCUCAUCCUCAUCUCUCCUACUUUGCUCCUCAGUUGUAUUUGGAAAUUACUGAAGCGUCGUGGUUUGAUUGGAAUCCUAAACUCAUUGGUGAACUUGUUUCUCUGCUCAAUAAACAAGAAAGAUUUGUUGAAUCGGAAACUUUACUUUCUACUGCGGUUUCAAGGCUGGAGUCAAAUGAACGAGACUUUGCUCUCUUCCUAUGCAAUUUAGUUGAAUCAAAUUCUAAACAAGGAUCUAUACAAGGAUUCAGUGACGCCUGUUCCCGUUUGAGGGAGAUAAUCCAAAGAUCGUCAUCAGUUUAUGUCAAAACUCAAGCUUACAAGUCUAUGGUUUCUGGAUUAUGCAACAUGGACCAACCUCUUGAUGCGGAAAGAGUUAUCGAGGAGAUGAGAAUGGAAACAAUAAAGCCGGGGUUGUUUGAAUACAAGUCUGUUCUAUACGGGUAUGGAAGAUUGGGGUUGUUUGACGACAUGAACAGAAUAGUUCACAGAAUGGAAACACAAGGUCACAAAAUCGACACAGUUUGUUCAAAUAUGGUUCUUUCUUCCUAUGGAGCUCAUGAUGCUCUUCCCCAAAUGGGAUCUUGGUUACAGAAACUGAAGGGUUAUAAUGUUCCUUUAUCAAUAAGGACGUAUAACUCGGUAUUGAAUUCUUGUCCUACAAUUAUCUCACUGUUGAAAGACUUGGAUAGCUGUCCGCUUUCUCUUUCUGAACUGCUUCCUAUUCUGAAUGAGGACGAAGCGCUUCUGGUCCGCGAAUUGACUCAGUCAUUAGUUUUAGACGAAGCAAUUGAGUGGAACGCGGUGGAAGGUAAGUUGGAUUUACAUGGUAUGCACUUGAGCGCAUCGUAUUUGAUAAUGCUACAAUGGAUGGAUGAGACUAGACUUAGAUUUAGUGAAGACAAGAAGUGUGUGGUUCCUGCAGAGAUUGUAGUUGUUUCUGGAUCCGGAAAGCACAGCAACGUAAGAGGAGAGUCACCGGUUAAAGCGAUGGUUAAAAAGAUAAUGGUGCGAACCAAAAGCCCGAUGAGAAUUGACCGGAAGAACGUUGGUAGUUUUAUUGCCAAGGGGAAAAAUGUAAAAGAAUGGUUAUGCAAAUGAAAGUUCAUAACUGUGACUUUUAAUAUCAUAGGAGUCCACAAGGUCUUAGUUCCCACAUUCAUGAAUUCACAACAAGACCAAGAUGUAGUAGAGAAGAGUACAUAUGAUAUGGUAUUAUGGUUAAAAAAGUGUAAUAGAUUAGAUGCUUCUUACUGUAUUUGGGAAGUUUCGUUGAUGUUGUGUUGUGAUGUGUUCUGUUUAUUGAAUAAUGUUUGGCAUUUGAAGACAAAAGCUAGAAAAUAAAGUAAGCUUUUAAGCAGUUUCCGAGAAA